AUGAAGUAUCAGCGGUUGGAGGAAGAGGAAACUUCUCUGGAGAGGCUGGCGGAGGCGCCAGCGCAGGUUUCCGGCGGCAGAGCCGCCGGAAAUGCCGCUCGGGGUACUGCUGUUUAUAGUGUUGAGGAGGGUAGUGAUGGUGGCGGUGAUUUCACCAGCAGGGCGAGCACGGGCACGAUUGGGAGGUUGGUGCAGAUACUUGCCAAGUAUGCACGGUUCAUAGGGCCCGGGAUGCUUGUUUCUGUUGCGUACAUGGAUCCGGGGAAUUUUUCAACGGCAGUGGCAGCGGGUUCGGCGCAUCGGUACCAGUUAUUAUUUUCAGUGUUGGUGUCGAACAUACUGGCAGCGUUUUGGCAAUGCUUGUGUGCCAAGCUGGGGGCGGUGACCGGGUUGGAUUUGGCGCAGAAUUGCCGCAAGUAUUUCCCGCAUAAUGUCAACGUGGUUUUGUAUGCGUUGGCGGAGAUGGCGAUAAUCGCCACGGAUCUGGCGGAGGUUGUUGGGACGGCGAUCUCGCUGAACAUACUGUUUGGGGUUCCCUUGCCGCUGGGGGUGGUUCUCACGGUGGUUGAUGUGUUGGUGGUGUUGAUGGCAUAUAACCACAGCGGGUCGUUGAGGAUGGUGCGGUGGUUCGAGAUGUUUGUUUCAUUGUUGGUGAUGCUGACGGUGAUUUGUUUUACCGUGGAGUUAUUUUCCGUGCCGGUUGGUUCUGUCAAGCAGGUGUUUGCAGGGUUUCUGCCGAGUAGAGUCGUAUUUGAAGGGGACGGUUUGUACCUUAGUCUGGCCAUUCUUGGUGCCACGGUUAUGCCGCACUCUCUGUACCUGGGCUCCGGGGUGGUCCAGCCACGUUUGCGUGACUUUGAUACUCGCAAGGGACAUUAUGUACCAAGUGAGCAGGACGUGGAGAACAACCAUUCAAAUUACAAGCCGUCUUUGGAUGCCAUCAAUGAAACGAUGCAUUACACGGUUGCAGAGCUCUUGGUGUCCUUGUUCACCGUGGCGUUAUUCGUCAACUGCUCCAUUCUCAUCGUUUCCGGGGCUACUCUAUACGGCAAGGGCGCAGACCAAUCUACUGCGGAUUUGUUUUCCAUUUACACAUUGCUGUGCGAUACUCUCUCCAAGGCCGCAGGCACCAUAUUUGUCCUGGCCCUACUCUUUUCCGGGCAAUCCGCAGGGAUCGUUUGCACCUUGAGUGGACAAAUGGUCUCCGAGGGAUUCCUCAACUGGACCCUUGCUCCAAGCGUCAGGCGGACUCUUACCAGAGCGGUCGCCAUUACUCCGUGUCUAAUCCUCGUGCUUGUCACAGGGAGAACGGGCCUCUCGGCGGCCUUAAACGCCUCCCAGGUUGUCCUUUCCUUAUUACUCCCCUUCGUUUCCGCACCGCUGCUCUACUUCACCAGCAACAAAGAAAUUAUGCGUGUCCCGCUAGAUAACAACUGCUACCACCACAUGCCCAACGAAGAUGAAAUCCCAUUGACCACCUUUGAUCUAGAAACCAACGAACAUGCACAAUCACCCUCCCCAGCGUCCCCUGCCCAUCCUGCCCCGAUCCUUUACAAAGACAUGAGCAACAGCCCCCUGACAACGGUAGUCUCCUGGUUGGUCUGGUUCUUUAUCUCUUCAUUGAACUUUUAUCUCCUGGCAUCCUUCGCCAGUGGUAAGGAUGUCCAUCUAUAA